AUGAAGGAGGGGCCGAAAGCUCCCCAGGAUAAUACCCCAUCAGCAACUGGGAACUCUGGCACCCAGUGUCCUCUCCUCUCUCCCCUUCAUCCCCCUCGAGAAGGCGACAGCAGCGGCAGCCGCCUACAACCGCGAGAAUUCCUGGAUACGUGCUCCGCUCCCGUUCCCUCCGAGUACAAAGCAACAGCCUUCGCUGCGCUUAGCGGCUUCCUGCACUCAGCCCUGGCUGCAGGAGGUGCCGCUGCAGCAACUGCGGCGGCAGUUCCCCAGCGCCUCGCCUCGCUUGCAGCUGCGGCAGGCCAAACUGCUCCCCACUCGCCAGCGCAACAGCAACAGCAGAAGCAACAGCAGCAGCGGCAGCACACGCAACAGCCACAGCCGCACGUGGACUUAGAGGAGCCUCUGUCGUGGCGCUGCCCCUUCCACUGCUCCGACAGCCGGCGAAGCCCCCCUGCUCCUCCAGCGACGGGAGCUUCGCCCCGCGGCAGACACCUCCAGAGGGCGUCUUUACCAGUAUCGGGGAGUAGAAAUCGCAGUUCAAGCCACAGAGGACCUCUCCGUCGCCAUCGGUUGUCUAGCAGGAGGGCGCACCAGGCAAGGCCGUACAGUCGGCCCCGGCAGCAGCAGCAGCAACAGCAGCAGCAGCAGCAGCAACCCCAAGAAGCUGCCCCUUGGUUCGCUGAUUUCUCCUUGAACUCCAUCUGCCCCUUUUGUGUGGCCGUCUCCCUCUCGGCUGCAGCGCGAGGUCGCGCAGAGCAUGCGCUCGAGGCGUGUCUCAGCGCUCUCGACAAACAGCAGCAGCAACGGCAAGGGGAGCAGGAAGGCAGCCUCUCCGACGACUCCUUGCCUUCCACCCCCGGCGGCAGCCCAAGCCAGCAGCCGCUGUGCAGCGCGCACUGCACGAGCUCUCAGCUGCAGCAGAAGCAGCUGCAGCAGAAGCAGCAGCAGCAGAAGCAGCAGCAGCAGCGUCUGCGGGGAGGAGGACCUCUUUUGGGAGGCUGCUCCGACACACGACAGGUUGCGCAGCAGCAGCGGCGUCAUAGAGCGCUGGACGUCAUUAUUUCUACUCUCUUGCCACGCUCUCUGGGGCGUAGAGACACUCCGUCGCGUCAAGCAGCAGCAGCUGCUGCUGCAGCUGAAGUGACAGGCGGAGGAGGAACUCCCAGCAGCAGCAAAAGGGGGCAGUUUGUUUCGUCGAUCCCCUCGCGCGCCCUUGCAUUGGCGGGUGCUGCAGCAGCAGCAGCAGCAGCAGCAGCAGCAGCAGCAGCAGCAGCGGCCCCCGCGAAUUUGCGCCGCAGGCAGAGCAGCAGCAACAGCAGCAGCAGCGCUGGAUACGCAGUCGAGACGAACGAGGCUUCGGAUUACGCAGAGUACUUGGCCUUGCAUGUAGAAAAGUGGCGCGAGGGAUCUUUCGACCGACUGGAAGUGGAGGCGGAUAGCGUCCUGUUCGAUCCCCUGCAGGCUCGUUGCAAAAUUAUGUAG